CCACCAACGUUUGAUUCCAAUCAACGACAACUUCAGUCUCGACGCCGCCAAAAUGCCCACGAGACUGACCAAGACGAGAAAGCACCGCGGCCAUGUGUCCGCUGGUCACGGUCGUAUAGGAAAGCACCGAAAGCAUCCUGGUGGUCGUGGUCUUGCCGGUGGCCAGCACCAUCACCGAACAAACAUGGAUAAAUAUCAUCCUGGUUACUUCGGUAAGGUCGGUAUGAGACACUUCCACCUGCUCAGAAACCACUACUGGAAACCCUCCAUCAACCUCGACAAGCUCUGGUCAUUGGUCCCCGAAGAGACCCGCGAAGCAUAUGUUUCUGGCAAGAAGACCGAUACCGCUCCCGUCCUAGACCUCCUUCCCCUCGGAUACUCCAAAGUCCUCGGGAAGGGCCGCAUUCCCAAGAUCCCGAUUGUUGUAAGAGCAAGGUGGUUCAGCAAGGAGGCCGAGCGAAAGAUCAAGGAGGCUGGCGGUGUCGUUGAGUUGGUGGCAUGAGUGGCGCCCUCUGUUUAUUGAUGAUAUGGCUUGCUCGAAGUGGGAAGACGAGCUUGGUACGGGCGAAUAACGAGGUACUCAACGACGUUACUGCCAACAGAGCAAGGACGACAUUGUCGCUCGGCCUGCAGUAUCAGGUGCAAGAGCUACGGGAGAUUGUCUCUUUGAGAAAGAGGCGCCGUGGGACUCAAAAAAAUUCGGAAAUACUGAGGCGAACGAGUCUAGAGGAAAUCGAGAUGAUUUCCAUCCAGCGCAGAUAUCUCAGUCUCACCCACAUCCGUGACGGUGCAGGAAGGGACAAAAUCAAUUGCAACGUUCUUCUGUGAAA